AUGCCAAGGAUUCCUAUCUUAUCCCAACUUACCAGACUUCCUCGUCCAAUUCUUUUAGGUGCUGGUACAGUAGGUGCAAUUGGUGGUUACUACUAUUUCCGAGAUGCCAGAUCUGCAGUAUAUGAAUAUGUUGCUUGUCCUGUUAUUCGUGCAUUCACAGAUGGUGAAACAGGCCAUCAAAUUGGAAUACUUUCAAUGAAGUAUGGGCUUAGUCCUAAAUUGUAUGAUGAAGCAGAAGUUGAUUCCAAGAAUGGUGCAUUGCUUCAUACCUCUGUAUUUGGAACCCAGUUGAAGACUCCAAUUGGGUGUGCCGCUGGCCUUGACAAGGAUGGGGAAGCUAUAGAUGCUCUUUUUGACAGUGGUUUCUCAUACGUUGAAAUUGGCCUGAUUACUCCAGAGCCUCAACCUGGUAACCCUAAGCCUCGGUUUUUUAGGUUAUCCAAGGACGAAGCUGUCAUUAAUAGAUAUGGAUUCAAUCUGUCUGGUCAUUUUGCUGUUGUUGCUACUUUAAAACAACGUUUCAAUAAAUUGUGGUCUAAACUUUCUGGGUCUGACGAAGUUGAAACUUCCAAUUCAUUCCGUAAGGGCAAAUUGCUUGCUAUUAACUUGGGUAAAAACAAACUUGGUGAUGAAGUUCAAGAUUACGUUAAAGGUGUCGAACGCUUAGGUCCUUAUGCCGAUGUUUUAGUUGUCAAUGUUUCAUCUCCCAAUACUCCAGGUCUUCGUGAUUUACAAUCUGAAGCCAAAUUGACUAAUUUACUUUCAGAAGUUGUUGAGGCUAGAAACAUACUCGACAAGAAUAUUCUUGGCCGCAAACCUCCAGUUCUUGUUAAAAUUGCACCUGAUUUGACCGAACCAGAAAUCGAAUCUAUUGCUAAUUCUGCCACCAACUCAAAGGUGGAUGGUAUUAUUGUUUCCAAUACCACCAUCCAAAGACCAAGUGAUAAAAUGUACACCAAGGACUCUCAACUUUUAGGCCAAACAGGAGGUUUAUCCGGUAAGCCAUUGAAGCCUAUUGCCCUCCAAGCCUUGAGAACAUUACGUAAAUAUACCAAGAACUCUGGUCUUGUGAUUGUUGGUUGUGGUGGUAUUAGUUCAGGUCGUGAUGCCCUUGAAUUUGGUAAGGCUGGUGCUGAUUUUGUCCAAUUAUACACAGCAUUCGCUUAUCGUGGGCCCGGUUUAAUCGCUAAAAUCAGAGAUGAAUUAGUUGAUGAAUUAAAGCGCGAGGGAAAGACAUGGCAACAAAUUGUCGGAUCUGAUGAUCCAUAA